UCGUUCAAUGACUGUUUCAUGUCUGUAGUCUAGUUUUCUACUAUUUGUUAAGACAAUAUGUAUUAUUAGUUAUUUACUUGAUUUUAUUUCAUCUGGUGCUAGUUGUUUGUAGUUUUAAUUUUUUUAAAUUUAUUUGUUGAUUUGUUUUUUGCGGUUACAAAAUAUACCUAUUACCUAUCCUAAAGAGGCAAGAGCCAAUCAACAUUUUUCUUAAAUUAUGGCAAACAAAAAAAAAUAUAUUCGACGAUCAGCUAAAAAGAAAAUUGGUCGUAACCUGAUAUUUCAUCGUUUAAACAAAAAUAAGAAUAUGAAAGACACUCCGACUGUAGAGAAAGAACCGGAAGAAGCUGGGUCUGGUUCUGAGAACGAGCCUGAAGAGGAAGAAUAUUCAGUUGAAAAAAUUUUGGACAAAAAAAUGAAAAAUGGCAAAGUUGAAUAUUUCCUUAAAUGGAAAGGCUACGCCGACGAAGACAACACAUGGGAACCGGAAGAAAAUCUUGAUUGUCCAGAACUAAUAGAAGAAUUUGAAGAAAAAUUAAGGAAAAAAGAGAAGGAAAAGAAAACCAACAAAGACUUGCCAGAACGCGGUCGUAAGCGUACUUUAUCUAACUCAACUGCCAAGUCUGAAGAUGCCGGCCCAUCAAAAGAGCGUAGAAAAGUGUCACCGACAAAAUCUAAGGACAAAAGUGUCGAAAAAGAAGUCACUGGAACCAAAGGAUUUGAUCGCGGCCUGGAAGCAGAGAAAAUAAUUGGAGCAACUGAUACAAGCGGACAAUUAAUGUUCUUGUUAAAAUGGAAAGGAUUAGAAGAAGCCGAUUUAGUUCCCGCUAAGACGGCCAACGCAUUGUGCCCUCAAGUUGUAAUAAAAUUUUACGAAGAAAGACUCACAUGGCACAACCCCCAGAACAAAAAUGGAGUUAAUAAUUAAUAUUGUGUAAGAUAAUUACAAUGGACGAGUACUCUAGUGGAGAACUCUAUAAAAUUUUUGUAUUUUUGUUUUCUAUUUUUAUUUUAUGAUCUUAUGGAAAAAGUUUCCCAUAAACGAAAUGAUUCAUUCUUAUAUUUAAGUGUAUUUUCAAAACAUAUGUACAUUCGAGUUUUUUUUUGUAGCUUACAAAAACUCAAAAAAACCACGAUGUUAACAAACUUGUAUCAUCGUUACCCCUAAAAUAAAAGUACAAUGUUCAAAUAGUAUAUAAUGUCAUUUGUGAUAAACCAUUUUUAUGCAUUUCCCUACUAAACAAUUUUAUGUAAACUAUUUUUUAAAAAUUUUAGUAUACAAAUAUUAGGUUGAAUUUAUUAUUUGUUUGUUUAAUCGACUGUCCCUCCCCCCAACCCAGCGUAAUAAUCGUGUUAUGUAAAUAAUUUUAUACAAAGUAGUAGAGAGUAUUCAAAUUGUAUUGAGAGUAAGAUUUUACAUUCUUGUUUUUCAAAACAAAGUCUAAAGGUUUCUCUUAAUUUUUAAAUAAUAAAUUAUUCUUUAAUUGACAAUUUAUGCUUAUUUCUAUACAUUUUGUAAAAUAUUUAAGUUCUUUAUUAUAUAACAAAUAUAGUUAAGUACUUUUGGAA